AUGACCGACUACCUCGAGGGCGACGCUGCUGCGGCAAAAAGUGAAGCACAUGAAGGUCUUGCGCUCAUGAUUGCCGCAUGUCGCCUCCCGGAGAACCUGGUCGAACAUCCGCUCUUCGUCAACUCUAUGCACCUGGUCGCCCGCGCCGGGAAGGGCUACCUUCCGCCACGUCGCAAGUACAUCGGAGGUGCCGGACUGCUCGCUUGCCGCAAGGGUAUUGAGAACGGCUUGAUGGGGAUCAAGGCUAGCUGGAAGAAGACAGGUGUUACCAUCGCGUCCGACAUGAUGACAGACAAGUGUGGCAGGCCGCAGGCAAAUGUCCUCCUCGUCAACGACGCGGGCGCUGUCCUGAAGGAGUGUGUGGACUGCAACAUGGAGAAGAAAACAGGGGGGUACAUCGCGGGGAUACUGAAACCCGUCGUGGAGGAAGUCGGACCCGAGAACGUCGUCGCGUUCUGUAUGGACGGGGGUUCCAACUACGCGUCAGCGUGCCGGAAGCUGAUUAAGAUGUGGCCCCACAUUCAACAGGUUCCAUGUGCCACCCACGUCAUGGACCUGAUGAUGGAGGACGUGGGAAAAAUGGGGUGGGCAAAAAAGGUGGUUGACCGUGGCGGUGAGAUGAGCUCCUUCACCCGCAACCACCAUUGGACGCGCGGUUACUUGCGGGACCGUAAGUUGGUGGAGGGGAAGGUGUUGCAGCCGUUGAAACCCGCGGGGACCCGCUUUGGGACCCAAUACAUUGCUAUCUCCCGUCUCUGUCAGCUUCGCCCCACCCUUACGCAGAUGGUCGUCAGUGACGAGUGGAAGGUGUGGGCUGCUGGAUCGCGCAAGGAGGUUGCAGAGAAGUUCGCCGCGCAGGUACUCGACACGGCGUGGUGGAAAACUGCCGAGUUUUUCACCAAGCUGAUGCAGCUCCCUUUCAAGGCGAUGCGCAUGACUGACGGGGAGGCAAAAGGGAUGAUGGGCAGGAUCUAUGACGUGAUGCUUCAACUCACGGAGGACGUUGAGGCUCUCGUGGACGCGGAUGAGGAGCAGUUGUGCAUCAGCGAUAAGAAGCAAAUCUGCCGCAUCCUCAAAGACCGGUGGGACGAGAGCCUCGCGUGCGCCAUGCACGUGGCAGGCCGCAUCCUCAACCCCGCGAACCGGGAAGAGGACAUUUUCGGCGGCGACGCCGAAUGCACGCGUGUCUUCAAGGCGUUUCUUCACCAGUAUGCGGAGUUCCUCGUCGGCCACGACGGGAAGGGGAGGGAUGCGGCCUGCGAUUACUUGGUUGAGCCGGGGGACGGGCUGAGGGAUUUCCUGGACAUGAAGGGUAGUUUCGGGAUGGCAGAGGCUGUGGCACAAAGGGAGAUGGUGAAGGCGGGAAAAUACAGCAUGGUGAAGUGGUGGCAGUGGAACGGAACAGAUGCCCCUCGCCUUGCGUCCCUCGCCAUCCGGAUUCUCUCGCAGCCCGUCUCGGCUUCACCCUGUUACAAUGUGCUGGAUGAGCAGGAGGAGGAGGAGGAGGAGGAGGAGGGUGAGGAUGAGGACGCUAUCUUGGAGGACGAGUAUGAGUAG